AAACUAAUUUCACGAGUCAUCGUCGUUCUCUUUCUCUAGAGCCUUGUGUUCUCUAGUCUCUUUCUCCUAUCCAUCGACCCCAAACACUGAAAAAAACCCUUGAAUCCAAAAUCAAGAGGAGAGCAACCAAUCAAAAGCUCGAUGGCGCAAUCUUCAUUCGUCCAAUGGCUCCUCAACCCCCGCAAAAACCCCUUGGCCGCCAUGCACCGCAACGCCGUCGCCACCCGCCUCAAGAGAUACGGAUUGCGCUAUGAUGAUCUCUUUGAUCCGAUGGAAGAUCUGGACAUCAAAGAGGCGUUGAAUCGUCUCCCUCGAGAGAUCGUUGACGCUAGGACUCAGCGUCUCAAGCGCGCCAUGGAUCUCUCCAUGAAGCAUGAGUACCUCCCUGAAGAACUCCAGGCAUUACAGACGCCCUUUAGAAGCUAUCUUCAACCUAUGUUGGCUCUUGUGAAGAGAGAAAGAGCCGAACGGGAGGCAUUAGGAGCUCUGCCCCUCUAUCAGCGUACUAUACCUUGAGUCUGUAUUUGCGGUGAAUUAAUCCUGCUGCAGUUGGUGUUACUGGAGGCUUGCGGUGGUUCAUGCUAUCUGCAUUUAGGAAUAUUUUUGUUUACUUGCUUUGCUUGUUGUGUCAUAAAAUCUGGCGUUCUCGGUAUUUUCCAUCACGUCGAUUUACAGACGUUUGUAUUUUCUCUUGUUUCAUGUGAGACUAAUCGGUCACUAUACAAUUUGAAUAAUGUACAAUGGUUGUGAUGUAUUACGGGUUGAUGCAUGGUGUUUGGACAA